GAAACGAUGACAUUCUUUGGUUGGAUUUUUUCCGGCCGCAGACCCAUCAACAGCCGUCGCACAUCGUCGCACGGACUUUCGUGCGAUGCGAUGCAGCUCGCCAGGGUUCGUCUCGUCGCCAGAGUCAGCAAUCAGUGAGUGCGGGCGCGACAGCGCGGGCCAAGGGGGCGAGAAGCCCUGCGGGGGCGGCGACCGCCGAGCGGCUACGGGUGCGGAAGGAGGGCAGCGCGCCGAGGAAAGCGGAGGUACCCGCGCCGGGCGCUGGUCGCGCGAGGGGCGAGCUUGACGCAUUCGAGACGUGGCUGUGCGGCAGGGAGGCGCACAGGGAGAGCGCCAAGGGGGAGAAGGACGGCAGCGGAAGGGGCGCAGGCAGACAGCGGGGCGGCCCAGCGCAACCGUCGUCGGCUCCGACGCCCACGGCUCCGCAGAGAGCGGCGCAACCGCGCCAGCAGAAGGCUAGGCGCGUUCGCAACUCGUAUGCCUCGCUGGCUGACGUGGCAAUGGCCGGCAUGACGUGGAUUGCGGGGCCAGAGGGGGUUAAGAUCGAGGGAAGCGUGCAGCGGUGGAGGGAGGACGAGGGGCGGGAGAGGCGCGUGCUGGUGGAGCGCGCCGUCGUGUCGCUGCAGCUCUUCCUGCCGCUCUCGCUCGUCGACCUGUCGCUGCGUGCCAUGUGGCAGGGGAUCAUCAAUAGGUGGCCUGGCUUGUGUGCGAGUUGGGUGGGAGCGGCGGUGCAGGCGGCUUCUGGAAUCGUGGUUCAAGCACAGGACAACGGGUGGAUGGACGAGACCGCUGUGCAGACCUGGCUGUCCAAGGAGGUGCUGCCCCAUCUGAACCCCCAGCGCGGCCAGAACGCAAGGCGGGCGAUGCUGGUGUUGGACUCCUACCGCGGUCACAUCACCCAGACCAUGCUUCAGUCGUACCGCACGCACAGCAUCACCCCUGCAGUCAUCCCAGCGGGUUGUACGAGCCAGAUUCAACCCCUGGACGUCUCCAUCAACCGGUGCUUCAAGGCUGCUGUGCGAGCGCGCUACGCCAGGUGGUUCAUGCGUGAAGGGAUUCACCUGAAGACGAAGAAGGGGAACCUGCGGAGGCCUCCGCACCCCGUGGUGCUGCAGUGGAUCGCGGAGGCUUGGGAUCAAGUCCCCAAGCAGAUCAUCAUCGACGCGUUCCGCCACUGUGGGAUCUCGAGCAAGCUGGACGGAACAGAGAACCACCUGGUGAUGUCUCACCUGCGCGCCAGGAGCACCACCGAUGUCUCCGCGGACAUGUCUCUCGGGGGGACCACAGGCGACAACACGCGCCUGCUCGGUCGGGCUCCAGAGGAGGAGGAGGAGGCGAUGCAGGCGGAGGGCGUGCGGGAGGUGGCCGUGGCAACCGGCCUGGAGGUGUUGUACCAGGAGAUCCCCAACUACCGCGGAGCGGCGGCCGAGGCUGACCGCAUGAUCGAGCCUAGGGAGACGGCUAGGCAUGCCUGGCGAGUGCCAGACCUGGGUAUAGAGCCUGAUGUUAGUGCAGGUGAGGAGGCGGUGACUGAGGGGGGCUAG